UCUGAGAGCUGAAAUGGCGCAGAAAGGAGUUGAGCUGGACCAAGAAACCUUCUCUUGUUCCAUCUGUCUGGAUCACCUGAAGGAUCCGGUGAGUCUUCCCUGCGGACACAGCUACUGCAUGAACUGUAUUAAAGGUUUCUGGGACGAGAGGAGAAUCUACAGCUGCCCUCAGUGUCGGCAGAGCUUCACCCCGAGGCCCGUCCUGCUGAAAAACACCAUGUUAGCAGCUCUGGUGGAGCAGCUGAAGAAGACUGAAGCUGCUCCUGCUGAUCUCUGCUACGCCGGAGAUGAAGAUGUGGCCUGUGAUUUCUGCAGCGGGAGGAAACUGAAAGCAGCGAAGUCCUGUCUGCAGUGUCUGGCCUCUUACUGCGAGCGGCACCUCCAGCCUCAUUAUCGAUCAGACACAUUCAAGAAACACCAGCUGGUGGAGCCCUCCGAGAGGCUGCGGGACAACAUCUGCUCUCGUCACGACGAGGCGAUGAAGAUGUUCUGCCGCACCGAUCAGCAGUGUAUCUGUUAUCUCUGCUCCGUGGAGGAACAUAAAGGCCACGACACAGUGUCAGCUGCAGCAGAGAGAGACGAGAAACAGAGCGAGCUCGAGGGGAGUCGACUAAACGUCCAGCAGAGAAUCCAGGACAGACAGAAAGACGUGAAGCUGCUGCAGCAGGAGGUGGAGGACAUCAACGCCUCCGCUGAUAAAGCAGUGGAGGACAGCGAGAGGAUCUUCACACAGCUGAUCCGUCUCCUGGAGAAAAGACGCUCCGACGUGAAGCAGCAGCUCAGAUCGCAGCAGCAAACUGAAGUGAGUCGAGUCAGAGAGCUGGAGGAGGAGCUGCAGCAGGAGAUCAGCGAGCUGCAGAGGAGAGACGCUGAGCUGGAGCAGCUCUCACACACAGACCAUCACACCCAGUUUCUGCUCAGCUACGCCUCACUGCCAGCACUCACACGCUCAGCCAGCGUCCACAUCCGUCCUCGCCGCCGCCGCUUUGAGGACGUGACAGCGGCCGUGUCAAAGAUCAGAGACAAACUACAGGACGUUCUGAGGGACACGUGGACAAACGUCUCACUGACACCGACUGAAGUGACACAACCAGAGCCCAAAACCAGAACUGAAUUCCCCAGAUAUUCACGUCAAAUCACACUGGAUCCAAACACAGCGUACAGAUAUCUAAAAUUAUCUGACGGGGACAGAAAAGUGACACGAAUUAGAAAACUACAGUCUUAUUCUGAUCACCCAGACAGAUUCACUGUCUGGCCUCAAGUCCUGAGCAGAGAGACUCUGACCGGACGCUGUUACUGGGAGGUGGAGUGGGGAGGGACAGGAGUUUUUGUAGCUGUCGCAUAUAAGAGUAUCAGCGAAGCAGAAGGGACACUCGAACCGUUAUUUGGUCAAAAUGACAAAUCUUGGGGGUUAUAUUGUGUCAAUAACAGUUAUAACUUUUGGUACAACAAUGUUGAAACUCCCGUCUCAGGUCCUUGGACCGCCAGAGUCGGAGUGUACCUGGAUCACAGUGCAGGGGUCCUGUCCUUCUACAGCGUCUCUGACACCAGGACUCUCCUCCACAGAAUCCAGACUAUAUUUACUCAGCCGCUCCACGCUGGACUUUAUCUUUAUUGCUAUGAUGCCUCCGCAGAGUUUUGUUGUUUAGGAUGAUUUUUUAAAAUGCGUGUGACAACAUGACAACAAGGGUCUCAUCAGUUGUCUGGAACUGGUUCAGUUUCGCAGCAUCAGAUCUGGAACAAACCACAGUCCGCUGCAAACUUUGUUUAAAGGCAGCAGCACAACCGACUGAUUUCAACAUGUCCAACAGAGGCAGCAGCCGAGUGGGAGACACGUGUCUCACUAAGAGAUGCAGAAGACCGCAUCAGUCCACAAACAGCCGGUAAAAAGCAGACGACAGUAGAGGCAGCAUUUUCCCGUUAUGUCCCGU